UAUGCUCGAUGCGUGGUCGUUCGCGACUCACCAGGCUUACCAGAUUGGAUGAGGCUGACGUGAAGAAGAUAACAGUGUGUUUUGCCGUUGAUUCGUGCGUGAUCCGUCGUAUUGAAGUUCGUCAGUUUGUGCUGCAUGCAGACCACGGGGAGUAGUUAGCUUGUACGAAAACAUUGGAGAUAACAUGCCCUGGAAGACUGCUUAAACAGUGGACAGCAUAGCCAAAGAAACCUACUAAAUCACCCACUGGAAUGCUCAGUGUUUGCUACUGUUUGGAAACCUUGGCUAGCUGCUCAUCUGAAAAGCCACCUGCUCCAUGGUGCUGUUAAUCUACUGGCUGAUAUCUGGGUCCUUUGACCCAUUCUCAGCUGCAUUUGUGUCAGACAAGAUAUGCUCAAACUGAAAGGGGCAUCAGCUAUACCAUACAAGGCAUGUGGUUGGAAGACUGCAAAAAAUGGUGCUACAUGGGUAGGCACAGCUCAGUGUGCAGUAUUGAAGCCAAAUAUUGAGCAUCAUGCCUUUUGAAAUGGCAAUAGCAGGCAAUGUCACAUCUCACUGUGCUCAAAAUGCACUAACAGAUGGAUUUGGGUGGUUUAUUCAAUUCUUGCUUGCUGGGCUGGCAUUUGCUUCUCUCAUAAUCAAGCGGUUCUGCGAGCCGGAACACGAGCGGCGCUCAUGGCUCAUCUGGUUCUACGACACAUCCAAGCAGGGUGUCGGCGCCAUGGUCGUCCACUUUGCCAACGUCUACUUGGCCACCACAUACACGGGGGACCCGUGCACAUGGUACAUCAUUAACUUCCUGCUGGACUCCACGGUCGGCUUAGUCAUAAUUUUCAUAUGCGUGAGAAUAUGCCAGCAUUUAGCUGUUCAGAAGGAUUGGCCCAGCAUCAACUUCGGCGAAUACGGUAAUCCGCCGGUGGCGCAGUCCUGGCUGGUGCAGUCGGUGGUGUACGUGUUCAUCAUGAUCCUGGAGAAGCUAGUGGUGUCGGCGCUGAUCCAGCUGGACAUCUGGGACCGCGUCAGCCAGAUCAUCCUGUCUCCCAUCACCAACCCGCGCUUGGAGCUCGCCAUUGUCGUGCUCGUCAUCCCGUUCUUCGUCAACGCGCUCAUGUUCUGGAUCACGGACAACUUCCUGAUGCGGCGCCGGCCGGGCCUGGCGCGCUCGCCGGCUCGCGGUCGCUACUGCCCAUACCAGGACAAGCUGGACGACGACGAGCAGGUGCUGCUGAUGGAGAACGGCCACGAAAACCUGCAGCAGCGCCACCCCAGCGGCGGCGCCACCGUGACGUAGCGCGCCACCGGGACACCGGCCGGAUCUAACGCGCCAUCUGGUGACCGUCCGGCACGAGAUAUGGCGGCGCCAGACGAACGGCGUGUCAGCGGGGAGCGCGCGCCUGUGGAUUGGGGUCCUGGGACACUGUGUUGGAUGUCUUUCACGGAUGAGUAUUUUUGGCUGAGCCUUGCCGUUGGAUCCGUGAGGACGAAUUUCAUAAGAUGCGACGGGCCUCCUGGCCCCGUACGAUGCCUGACCAGUGUGAUAGUACGAAUGUGCACUUGUGUAGUAUAUGCAGCGGGAUGUCAGCUCUUCGCUCUUUAGGAAUGAACGGCACCAACAGACAAGCUGUGAUGGAUUCGUGGUGAGAACCGCACGGUGCUUGCGGACUAGCGCGUCCAGUCCUCUGUUUGCGUAAGUGAACAUUUUCCAAUCGAUAAUGUGCCGAUGCCCAUGAUCUGCCCUUCUGUCAUUGGCAGUUCCAUCAUUUUUAGGCACUGGUUUGAGGUGUCUUUACAUGUUAAGCCCUAUCGCCAAACCUUGAAAUCGUCUUUUGCUCCAGUAGUGGGACACAUUGCCCAAAGCAGAUGAAUGGAGCAUGGGCCCCGCCAACCGAUUGUAUCCGAACUAUCCGGAUGAAAUCUUUGCGGCAUGCUGCUUGUACCCGCUCCACCUAAUCUCGCUUUAAUCAGCCAUAUCGGGCCGUUUUCCACGAGGUCGCACCACGGGCUAGUGCACGUUUGGCCGGCUUCAUUGCCGGCGGCUGUCCCCAUCAGCCUGCGUGGGCCCCUCCUGAGUCGGUGGCUAUGGCAGUCAGUGUCGCUGUUCUCCGUACUAUUAUCAGCUAUGUUCUCCGUACUGUUCUCAGCUGUGUUCGCCGUACUAUUAUCAGCUGUUUUCUGCGUACUAUUCUCAACUGUGCUCUCCGUGCUAUUCUCAGUUGUGCUAUCCGUACUAUUAUCAGUUGUGCUUUCCAUACUGUUAUCAGCUGCGUUAUCCGUACUUUUCUCAGCUGUGUUCGCCUUACACCAGCUGUGUUCUCCGUACUGUUCUCCGCUGUGUUCGCCGUACACCAGCUGUGUUCUCCGUACUAUUCUGUGUUCUCCAUAUUAUUGUCAGCUGUGUUCUCCGUACUUUUCCCAACUGUGUUCUACGAACCAUUCUCAGCUUUGCUCUCCGUAAUAUUCUCACCGUUGCUAACUGUCACGAGGGCAGCGAUGUUUGCCAACGGAUGUAAUGUGAUGUUUCUUCGCCGGCGGUGUCUUUUACAUCCAUGUACCAACAUGUAUCUAUUAUAUUUAUGUACAUAUGAUAUCGAAUGACAAUCGGUCGUCGGUCGCAAAUGCCAUCAAAUUGGAUGGGACUUGUAGCGACUAAGUUGAUACGGGUGCGUACAUCCUGUCUGGUUACGUCGCGUCUAACUCGACGUUCGUGCGCUGCUCACUCCUGUCUGUCUUCUCUGCAUGGUUUGUUAUAUGUACCACAUUUAGGCCAUUGACCACGCUGUCGAAAGUCUCCCACUGGCAGUGGUUUGCGGCUAUCCAUUAGGCCAUUCUUGGCUCUGCACGAGCCAAGACAAACUCGUGGCGCGUAAGUGGCCGAUCCGUGCAUAACGCAUGUCCCAAGUCACAGCGGAUAGACACGCUCGCUGGCGGGCACGACACCGUUCCGCUGGAGCGCACGUACUCCCAGACAUGUCGCGCUUGUCGCGUGGUUGUCAAUGACGAGGGAGUGCGAGUCCUGCGGCAUAUCUGGUACUAGUCGAUAAUCCGCACCUAUGUGAAACCAGAUCCUGUGGUAUUUAUGCGCCCACUGUACCCGUAUCAUUGACAAUCUUUGUCGGGGUCUUCCAGCAAUAAUGGGCGACUCAAGGGGGUUUGAAGCGGUUGGUAACAUUCGUCUCAUCGAGCAUUUCUUCUAUAUCACAUUGCUCUUGUGUUAUCUGGUGAAAUAGCCCACGGCUAUCAGCCAUACCAUGAGACGCUGUGUUAUGUCACAAUACAGUCAUAUA